CACAUAUUUGCAGUUUAAGCUUUUAUGUCAUUCAACAAACUAAUACAGUAAAUGUAUGAUGUUUUUGAUCAUUACAGCAGUGAGGAUCUGUGUGAGCAGUCAUGGACGGGGGUCUGUUUGUGCUGCUUCUGCUGUCAGGGCUCUUCUGGAGCAGUUCUGCUCUUUCUCGUCCGUACUUCUAUAUAAAUACACCAAUGUCGUGGCCAGAUGCUCAGAGAUACUGCAGAGAGAGAUUCACUGAUCUGGCUACUGUAGACAACAUGGAUGACGUGAACAGGCUGGUAAAUAUAAUAGAUGCUGGAUACAGUGGAUCAGUGUGGAUUGGACUGAUGAAGGGGACACAGAAACAGUGGAGUUGGUCUAAUGGAGAAAACACAACUUCUCAGUACUAUAACUGGGCUUCAGGACAGCCAGAUGCAGAUGGAGAUUGUGUUGUUAUUAAUUCUGGAUUUUGGCAUGAUAUGUCAUGUAGUAAUAACCGAUAUUUUGUGUGCUACAAAAGUGAUGGAUACGUCUUUGUAAAAAGUGAUAGAAACUGGACAGAUGCUCGGAGCCACUGCAGACAGUAUUAUACCGAUCUGGCCACCAUCCACAGCUCUGUGGAGAAUAAGCAGAUAACUACGCAAAUUUUAACCGGAACGUCCUUCUGGCUUGGUCUGUUUCUGGACUCUUGGGGAUGGUCUGAUCAGUGGGAUCUGAGUUUCAGACACUGGGCAGCAGGUCAACCUUCCCAGACUUCAGGAUCUAACUGUGUUGGCAUGACAAGAACCGAGUCUGGCAGAUGGUCUCAGUACAGCUGUGAUGUACAGCAGCCAUUUAUCUGCUAUGGAGGUGAUUCUGCUCUUUCUCGUCCGUACUUCUAUAUAAAUACAGCAAUGUCGUGGCCAGAUGCUCAGAGUUACUGCAGAGAGAGAUUCACUGAUCUGGCUACUGUAGACAACAUGGAUGACGUGAACAGGCUGGUAAAUAUAACAGAUGCUGGAUACAGCGGAUCAGUGUGGAUUGGAUUGAAGAAGCGGACACAGACACGCUGGAGUUGGUCUAAUGGAGAAAACAAAAACUACUAUAAAUGGGGUUCAUUACAGCCGAAUGGAGAUGGAGUUUGUGCUGCUAUAUAUUAUGAGCUUUGGCAUGAUGCAUCAUGUGACUUGAAUCUAUACUUUGUGUGCUACGAAAAGUCUGGAUACAUCUUGGUACAGAGCUCCAAAACAUGGAGUGACGCUCAGAGCUACUGCAGACAGUAUCACACAGACCUGGCCACCAUCCACAGCUCUGAGGAAAAUGAUCAGAUAAAUCAAAUUCUUUUACUUAGCAAUUACAUCUGGAUUGGUCUGUUUCUGGACUCUUGGGGAUGGUCUGAUCAGUGGGAUCUGAGUUUCAGACACUGGGCAGCAGGUCAACCUUCCCAGGCUUCAGGAUCUAACUGUGUUGGCAUGACAAGAACCAACUCUGGCAGAUGGUCUCAGUACAGCUGUGGUCUACAGCAGCCGUUUAUCUGCUAUGGAGAUGACAUAAGAAAACAAAUUGUGAGAUUGAAAGUCACAUGUAAGGGAAAAUGUGCAUUGAAUGAUCCUUCACUACAGGCAGCUAUUCUGAAUAAGAUAAGUGAAAAGCUGAAGAACAUGAUGUUGGAGAGUGAAAGCAACAUAAGAUGGAGAAAGGGAGGGGAUGGAGAGGUGUUUCAUCAGGAGAACAACCAUAUAGUGAAUUUAGAUAGAUUCUUGGGUCUGAUGAAUAGAGCUGCUUCUUCAGAGACUGAGCAGCAGGUCAACCAUCUCAGAGUUCAGGAUCCGGUGACUCCGUUGAAAUGA